AUUCAUUACUCUUUGCAUUGCUCUUGCAUUUUUAUUGUAUUUCUUUUUAAAAUGGCAAAAUCAGUGUUGCUUGUUUUGAUGGUGUUGAUAGCAUUUUAUAGUUGCUCAUGUUCUGCAAUAUCUUGUGGAAGUUUAACUUUGGAUUUGUUGCCAUGUUUACCUUAUUUGAGAAGUGGAGGAGGAGAUCCAAGCUCAUUUUGUUGCAAUGAAAUAAAGCAGUUGAAUGCAGCAAUCAGAGGCAAAGAAGCAAGACAAGGUGCAUGCAAAUGUAUUUUGCAGCAGGGCAAACGAUAUCAUAUCAACUGGAACAAUGCAAAACAACUUCCUGGGUUAUGCAAAGUUAAUCUUCCAGUUCCCGUUUCACCUAAUACAGAUUGCUCACGUGUCUCUUAAAUCUUUUGAAGGGUUUUUGGCCAAAGGAUUUUCUCAACAAUAAAGGUCUUUGUACCAUUCAAGAAUAAGGGUUCUUUUGGAUGAUGAUUUUUUUUUUGUUGUUGUAAAAGAUUCAAGAAUAAAGGUUUAGAUUUUUUUGUAGUUACUACAAAAUAUUGUAAUAGUUUAUGAAAAAUAAUUUUAAUUAUAUUUUAUAUCUU